CUGUUUGUCAGUGUGUGUUUUUUCCUGCUGGCCUCUUCGGUGAAACUGGUUUCCUAACGUCUGAGUUUAGCUAGCUGACACCUGCGACGGUUUCCCCUUUAAAAGCGGAAACCGUUUCACCUGCAGCGUCAAAGAUGGCGGCGGCCUAGGAGCGGUUAUUUGUAUUGGCAGCUUGUCGUACAGUUUAUGUGGACGGAACCGGUUAUGUUGGCUACCUCGGAAGAACAGCCAAUUUCGGGCUGAGCUUCUGGUAUGCCGGGGUUAGCAUCUUAAGAUCCAGAGGUCCAUCACAGAUUUUCAAAUGAGAAUGGAGGAAAAGCCCCUCUCAGGCCCAGACAACACCAGGCUGGAGGCCCUGAUCCAAGACGUGUACUCUGAGCUGGUGGAAGAUGCGUGUUUGGGCCUGUGUUUUGAGGUGCAUCGCGCCGUUAAACAGGGCUAUUUCUUCCUGGAUGAAACGGACCAAGACAGCAUGAAGGAGUUUGAAAUAGUGGAUCAGCCAGGAGUGGACAUAUUUGGUCAGGUGUUUAAUCAGUGGAAGAAUAAAGAGUGUGAAUGUCCCAACUGCAAAAGGUUAAUAGCAGCUUCUCGCUUUGCUCCUCAUCUGGAAAAAUGUCUCGGCAUGGGACGCAACAGCAGCCGCAUCGCGAACCGCAGAUUGGCCACCAAUAACAUCAGCAAAUCUGAGAGUGAUCAGGAAGAUAAUGACGACCUUAAUGACAAUGAUUGGUCGUAUGGAGCAGAAAAGAAAGCCAAGAAGAGAAGGUCAGAUAAGAAUCAGAACUCUCCAAGACGAUCCAAAUCUCUGAAACAUAAAAAUGGCGAGCUUGGGACUGGCCUUAUUUCGGAUCCCUACAAGCAGUACAACUACAAUGCUGGCAUCAGCUAUGAAAGCUUGGAACCAAAUGAAAUCAGAUCUUUAUUAACAACACAAUGUGGGGUGAUCUCUGAGCAUACCAAGAAGAUGUGCACAAGGUCUCAUCGGUGUCCGCAGCACACAGACGAUCAGAGGAGGACUAUCAGGUUGUUCCUCCUGGGGCCGUCCGCGCCGACACUUCCUGAUGCUGAUAUGGAAGGCGACAGCUUUGACAUUCCCAAUGGUCAGGCCUUACUGAGCCGCCUGCAGUGGGACGACUUCCCUGACGUCUCCCCCACCGACUCUGCCUCAUCAAAAGCCAGCACCAAUCAUUCAGAUUCUAAGAGGCCUAAAAAGAAGAAGAGGUUGGAUCUGAGCUUGAACAGUGGAGGGGGAGGAGUAAAUAUGACUGGAGUCGUCAGCAGCAGCUGUCAGAGUAAUAUCAGCUUAUCAACCAAAAAAAAGAAGCCCAAAACAGCAGCACCUUCUGUUUCCAGCAUCUAUGAUGAAUUAAACUAGCAUGGACCUGCUUUUCAUGCACAGGUUUAGGAUAUGACUUAUCUUUGAAUGCAGGGAUCCUCCUUCUUCAUCGGAAACUCUCACUCAUCUACUUCUUGCAUUGAAAUUCAUAAUUCCAGUUAUAUACAAGAAGCUUCCAAUUUAAUAGGACUAGAAAAUCAGGGGGUUUCACAAUCAAUUUCAAGUUGCCUAACUGAACCCAAAAGAAACUUUGUUGUUAAGUCUUACAUAUUUCUUAAAAGAAGAAGAAAAAAAAUAAUUAUAAUUUACUAUGUAGGAAAAAAAACAAAACGUCAUAUAGCUCCUUGUCAGAGUUGUCAAACCCAUUUUGACAUUUAUGCAGUGAAUCUGGAUUUCAAACUUCUUUUCACCAUUAAUGCAACACAUAUCUUGUCUGAUUAGAAAUGUAACAAAUCUUUAGUAGAAGUCAUUAUCAAUCCGGGUCCUUGCUUGAGAAGCACCGUUUUUUGGGGGGAGCUGGGAACAUAUACAAAGUAAAGAAGUUGAAACCAUGUGGACUUUAUUUUACUUUAUUUUUUAUUUUUUACAACAUCUUUUGGUUAACUUUCAGCAUACCACAUUUCUCAGAAAAUACAUAUAGGAAAAAUAUAGGGGUGCUGCAGUAAGUGUGACGCCUUGCAAAGGUUCUGUGAGUCCAUCAGGAUCACUGCAGGAUUUAGUUCAGCUGUAAUCCCUUUUCAGCUUCCUAUAUUUUAUCUUCAUAAUAAUCAUUAUUCAAUAACAAAAGCUAAUCCCAGAUCAUGAUGCUGCCACCACUGUGUUUUAUGAUGGUUUUUGGUUCUGCUUGGUGUUUGUGUACAAAGUAGCUGCUUAAUUAAAGUUUUUAUCAGUUGAAUGCAGGAUAAAUGUCACAUUUACGGAGAAAAGCCUUUGUGCACUUAUAAUUUAUAAAAUAAUGUUUCCUAAAUUUACUAUGUAGGAUGUAAAUAAUUUGUGUGAAAACUGGGAAAAAAAAUCUGAUAUUUUUAGUGAAUUUAUGAAAAACUUUCUUUACUUUUAUUUCUGACAUCUUCAGUUCUCUGACUUUCUGCGUUUAUUCUGCUCUUUUUUUCUGCUCCAUUUAAACAAAAGUACUGAGGAAGGACUCAUCAGUGACUUAAUACUGGCAUUGUAUUGCACAAUUGUGUGCGUCUGUGGGCUGAUUUGCAUUCAGUGUGAAUGUCACUUGGAUAUGUGUGUGUCGUCUUUUCACAAAAUCAUGAAAUGUGACAUUUUAUGGAAGGAUUUUGGCCAUUUUAGAUAUUUCCCUGCAUUUACAUGAAUGUGGUUUUGUGAGUGCCUUUAUAGUGAUGUUCAUGUUUUUCUGAGGGGCUUUUAUGGCACAUAUAAAAACAUUUAGUAGCUAACUUGAACCAGGAACCCAUUGUAUUUUUUAUGUUUAUAUUUUUUCAGGCACUUUGUGUUUAUGAAUGUCAGAAAACAUGUGGGUGCUGCAGUAAGUGCGACGGGUCUGUGUUCUGUGAUAUAUAUAUAUAUCUGUGUGCUAAAUUUAACAAUCAGUAAAUUAGUUGGCGAUUAUUUUAAUAAUCACAAUUGUUUCAGCCUGAGAAAUUUUUCUCACAUUGAAAAAUUAUGUUUGUUUCAAAUGCAAAAAGGACCCAGAGCAUGUCAGAAUGAUCAGAACUGUAUCUGGUUCAGCUGUGAAGGCGACAAUCAGAUGAGGCUGGUGAUAUGCACUGUUAGAUAUACUGUAACACAGACGUUUGAAAUCUUUGCUUCUGGCGCUUUUGUGAAUGAAACCAACAGCUGAUGUGCAUUAAAGUGAAAAUGCAAUAUUGACUGAUAUUUAUCAAGUACAGAUGAGUGCCAUGUAUCUAAAUGUGACUGUUUUUUUCCCCCGUCAUUGCUGUUUCUAAAUAAACAUUUAGUGCACAAACAGAUUCAGGCGAAUGAAA